AUGGCUUCGGCCGAGACCUCGCCUGUCGAUCGCAAAGGGAAGGUCUCGAAACGAUCGUCCAAUUCUUACAACAGUGAAGAAUGGCGGAGGCACCGGCCCCUGAUCACUCAGCUCUAUUUCGAAGAAGGCCGAACUCUCAAAGAUGUGGCAGAGUAUUUGAAAAGGGAAUUCGAUUUUGCGCCAACGGAGCGCAUGUAUAAAAGCCGACUUCACACAUGGGGCCUCGACAAGAAGAAGAAGGAGCAUGAAAUGCUUGAGUUGGUCCGCCAGGGGUUGCAACAGAAAGGCGAAGACAAGGACAAGGUUUUCCUAGUCCGCGGCAGACAGGUCUCUCUCGCCGACGCCCUCCAUUACUUCAAUCGCAAGGGCAUCAAAGACCCGUCUAGUCUCCUGGACGGCCAGCAUGAUAUCUCUGGAGAGUUCUCGUCACCGGAAGAUGCCGGUGCCCGAACACCUCUGUCCUGUCACAACGAUAUGUUCGACGGCCAUCGAGACGGCUCCGACUAUGAAAUAUCCAGAAGUCCGGUAGAGAUGGAUGAGUUGGACAAGUCCAACGGCAUUACCUUUGCUCUUCCAGGUUUCAAUAUUGCCGAACAGCGACUGGCCGCUCUACAAGACGCCCUCAAUAUACCCGAGCUCCCGCCCAUGCCUCCAUUCCGGACACUGGCGGUGGAGUCCUUCGUCGCUCAUACGCCCGUAUCGCCCGAUGACCAACGGUACCUCGAUGCCGUGUUCCAAAACAUGCAAAGCCAUUACAUGAAUCUUUUCAGCGCUCGUAAUCUUUCCAUUCACAACACCACGGGGACGUGGACAGCGACCUCAGAUGAUGCCCUUGCCGACCGCUUCUACUACUCCAUGUACCAUGGUUAUUCGUUUCUCUGGAACGGGCAGAAAGACCGCGCGUUCGACAAUUUCUACAAAGCCUUUGCGCUGAUUGAGGGCCUACUCAAAGACGACCAGGUCGGCUUUAUGAUAUACAUCUUUGACCUGAUCAUCCGACACGACGACACAGGGUAUGAAGAGCCCUUGCUGAUGCUGCUCCAACACCUCGCCGACAUGGCCAAAGCCGUUUUCGAAUCGGAAGAACACCCUGUCUUUCUCAUUGCAAACUAUAUGAACCAUGCACCAAUGCCGCGGGCGUGGCUGGCUGAAGCCACUUUGCGACGACUGCUCGACUUUUUCCAGGACAGCAUUGGAUAUUUCCACCCCGAAACCAUUGCCUUAUUACAGACCUUCGCUACCGGUCUCAUGAACCGAAAGCGAUUCCCGGAGGCUGCUGUCAGAUUCCAACAACUGGUGGAUGCCUUCGAAACAACCUUGAGCAAGCAAUGUUAUGAAGUAUGCUAUGCAUUGCGGUCCACUUCCGAAGCCUACUUUCAUAUGGAACAGUAUCCGCAGGCUCUUCAGGCUCUCAAGGUCGCGCUCGAACGGGCGGAGGCGCUGUCUAGGUUGGAGGAGCGGGAGAUUUACGUGCGAUGUCUAAGAGGCAUGGCAGAGAUUUCGCACAAACUCGGCCGCAAAGAUGAAGCCAAUGAGACGAUGCAGUAUGUGGUCAACAUCUGUCGGGACGCCUUUGGGCCCGAACACCCGUUUACGAACCGGGCCAAGAUGCAUCUCAAGUCGAUACUCAAAGGCGAUGCCGCAACAGUGUCUGCGAUCCCACCUAUGGUCUACCGACUCGGACGUGGCGGCAACGCAGCCAAAUAUAUCUGGAUCUCACGGUCCAGUCCGACUCGUUUGCAGGCUUGA